UCAACGCUCGGCGGUGGGACGUCACUCCGGCUGCCGUCGUGUCGGGAUUGGAAUGUUACAGUGAAACAAUCGGAACAACUAAGCGCUCGGGCACUGGGCACUGGGAUCAAGGGGUUUUUCUGUUUAAACAGCUUCUUUCGCUAUUGGUCUUAGUGCUUCAAGGGUUUGCCGGAGUCGGCCGGUAUUAGUGUCAGUUUUCCUUUUGUUUAUUUUAGGUCCGGUGGCGUUAACCCGAUGAGAAGGAUUUAUAUUAACGCGUAUGGGGCGCUAUCGGUUAAAUAAAAAAUAAGAGAUGCAGGGAUUUGUUAGGUUACAGUCGCUUAGAUAAACUGUUACUCUUUGGCUUUUCGUGCAUCUGAUUUCGCUACGAUCAUGGAGUGAAUCACAAUUGCAGCAGAUAUACAGCGAAAGCGGGGCAAAUUGACUCAGAGACAUCUGGAUGUUACCAAGCGUAAGGCUUUAAACCCUUGUCGGCGUGUUAACGACUUAACAUCCAGACUGUGGGUCCUCUCUCGGUCAGUUGCUCUGAGGUAAAGCGGCUCGGACCCUCAGCCAGGCUUGUUUGGAGAUCGUUAGCCAUUGCUCUCGAGUCCCAGGCGAGGAAAUGCGGAGUGGAGGUGCAGCUUUGUGUGCGUAGGUACGGCAGAGAUUGUAGACACAGAUUUCAUUUUAAAACUGGAUUUAGAUAAGAAAAAUUCUCCGCCGCUCCGCGCAAUUCCGCUGUGGUAAAAUGGUAGGUAGAAAAGGGAGAGACAGAGCAAAUAAAUAAUAAAGUCGCCCACAUGCUCUGGAUCAAUCGCUGGAUUGGGGAACGGAAUCAGAAGAAGAGGGAAGACGUGAAUUUGAAAGCUUUGUAUGCUGGAAGAUGGCGGAGCGGUGCAGCCGGGGCUGGUGAGAGCAAAACUUCGGGGCGCUUUGGAUUCAUUCGCGAACAUCUCGAUUCAGAUCGCAGGACACAUGCAGGCCAAAAAACGCUAUUUAAUUUUGCUCUCUGCCGGCGCAUGUCUUGUUCUGCUGUUCUACUUCGGAGGGGUGCAAGUCCCGGCGUCGAGCCGCAGCUCGAGCCGGCGUGACGAGCGCAGUCGCAAUGGGUUUUACCCCGAACAGUCCUGGCCGGACUUCGCGGACUCCUUACAGGCUUUCAUCCCCGGGGAUCAGGUGGAGACCGAGGAUUACAACGUUCACAUAUCACCGAGGCAGAAGAGGGACGUCAAUUCAAGCGUUUACAAGGGCAGGAGGUGCCGCAUGGACUCCUGCUUUGAUUUCUCCAUGUGUAAAAGAACCGGCUUUAAAGUUUACGUUUAUCCCCAGCAGAAGGGGGAGAAAAUCUCUGAAAGUUACCAAAAUAUCCUGUCGGCCAUCGAGGGCUCCAGGUUCUACACCUCGGAUCCUGGACAGGCAUGUCUGUUCGUGCUGAGCUUGGACACACUGGACCGGGAUCAGCUGUCACCGCAGUAUGUGCAUAAUCUAAAAACUAAAGUGCAGAGCUUACAUCUUUGGAACAAUGGUAGGAAUCACAUUAUAUUCAACCUGUACUCGGGGACGUGGCCGGACUAUACGGAAGAUCUGGGCUUCGAUAUCGGCCAGGCCAUGUUGGCCAAGGCUAGUAUUAGUACUGAGAACUUCAGACCGAACUUUGAUGUGUCGAUCCCGCUGUUCUCGAAAGAGCACCCCAGGACCGGAGGGGAGCGGGGAUAUUUAAAAUACAACACCAUCCCACCUUUCAGGAAAUACAUGCUGGUGUUCAAGGGGAAGCGCUACCUUACUGGAAUUGGCUCCGACACGAGGAAUGCCUUAUAUCAUGUGCAUAACGCCGAGGACGUGGUGCUAUUGACCACCUGCAAGCACGGCAAGGACUGGCAGAAGCAUAAGGACGCCCGCUGCGACAGGGACAACGCUGAAUAUGACAAGUACGACUACAGGGAGCUGCUACACAACGCCACCUUCUGCCUGGUACCACGGGGGCGCCGCCUCGGAUCCUUCCGCUUCCUGGAGGCCCUGCAGGCCGCCUGCGUUCCUGUGAUGCUGAGUAACGGCUGGGAGCUGCCUUUCUCCGAGAUUAUCGACUGGAACACGGCGGCUGUCAUCGGGGAUGAGAGGCUGCUGCUGCAGAUCCCAUCCACGGUCCGGUCCAUCCAUCAGGACAAAAUCCUAGCACUUAGACAGCAAACACAGUUCCUGUGGGAGGCCUAUUUUUCUUCUGUGGAGAAGAUUGUAUUGACCACUCUGGAGAUCGUCCAGGACCGCGUGUUCCAGCACUGGUCCCGCAGCACACUGAUGUGGAACAGCCACCCUGGGGGGCUCUUUGCGCUCCCGCAGUACUCCAUCUACCUGGGGGACUUCCCCUUCUACUACGCUGAGCUUGGUAUCAAGCCUCACCCAAAGUUCACAGCAGUAAUCCACGCUGUCACGCCCCUGGUGUCCCAGUCCCAGCCCAUUCUCAAGCUCCUGGUGGCAGUGGCCAAGUCUCAGUACUGCACCCAGAUCAUCGUCCUCUGGAACUGCGACAAGCCCCUCCCCGCCAAGCAUCGCUGGCCUGCCACCUCUGUGCCUGUCAUCGUCAUCGAGGGGGACAGUAAGGCGAUGAGCAGUCGCUUCCAGCCUUACGAGACGAUUGUGACGGAUGCUGUACUGAGCCUGGAUGAAGACACGGUGCUGUCCACCACUGAGGUGGAUUUUGCCUUCACCGUUUGGCAGAGCUUCCCGGAGAGGAUUGUGGGAUACCCCGCACGGAGCCACUUUUGGGACAGCAACAAAGAACGCUGGGGCUACACCUCCAAGUGGACCAACGACUACUCCAUGGUGCUGACAGGAGCUGCUAUCUACCACAGAUAUUACCACUACCUGUACACUAACUUCCUGCCAGCUAGCCUGAAGAACAUGGUGGACCAGCUGGCCAACUGUGAGGACAUCCUCAUGAAUUUCCUGGUGUCUGCAGUCACCAAACUUCCCCCCAUUAAGGUCACACAGAAGAAACAGUAUAAAGAGACCAUGAUGGGACAGUCAUCCCGAGCCUCUCGUUGGGCCGACCCAGACCACUUUGCCCAGCGCCAGACCUGCAUGAACAAAUUCGCCAGCUGGUUUGGCACCAUGCCUCUGGUCCACUCCCAGAUGAGGCUGGAUCCAGUUCUCUUUAAGGACCAGGUCUCGAUCCUACGCAAGAAAUACAGGGACAUCGAGAGACUCUGACGACCCCCGGCGUCCCUGCCCCCCACGCUGCCCCACGCCGCCCCACGGCCGCCCACCCCUCCGCCCAAAGCGCAGGGGAGGAUGGGCACGUAGAGAGAAGGAAGGACAGGACAUGCUGCAUGUGCACAAGGGCGCGCUACAGCUCGGUCUUCCAAUCGGUGCGCGUUGCCACGACGAUGGCCGCAGGACCCGGGACACGUCAGGGGAAGCACACACACGCACACACACGGGCGCGCGCACAUGCACACACACGACACAAGCGCGCACUACUGAUGACAAGACUGUGGGAGAGCAUAUUUUUUUAACAAAUGCCGCAAGUGGACUGACCCCUAUUCUCUGAAUGCCCCUUUAUUGCAACCAAGCAGGUUUUAUUUUAAACCUGUUACUUGGGAGAGAGAGGAAAAAACACCUUUUUUUACUCCUUUUUUUCCAGCCUUUUUUAUUUGCCUGAUUUUGUUUGUAUUUCCCCCCCAUCGCAGAACCCUGCUGAAAGCCCUCGAUCUUUCCUGUCAGGGAGGUGAACACCCGGUCGAAUUGUUAAAACCACAACUUCACGGUGCCUAACGCUACAAAGUACAGCUGUCUGUUAUAGGGCCUCAUAUAUCUCAUCCUGCCUUGUAAAUUGUUUUUUCUUUGCCACAACUGUGAGGCAGACACUGAACUAAAUGGCUCCCAAGUUUGGGUCGGUGUAUUUCAAUAUAAUUCCUUGUCCGUCUUUUUUUUUUGUUUGUUUCUGCAGGUUUUCUCCCUAUUUUUAUUUUGAUAAUGUUUGAUGUCCAUGGUGAUCGAUUUAAACACAAGGUCACAGAAUUCUCAUGUUCUCCGUUCAAACCCACCAAGGUUUAGUAUCGCCGAGGAUUGUUUUGUCAGUGUUGCACUGCCCAUAAAUGUUUUAACAUAAAAAUAUGUGACACACAGACAGAUUUUAUAAGCUAUAUUCGUCUGAACGGCUUUUUGUUGACAGUCAAGAAAACAAUUUCACCGUCAAAAAACAUGAUCCUCACCUGAUUGGAACAUCCUGUCGGAAGUGUACGGUAGCCGUUUUCCCAAAUCCUAAAUGUUUUUGUACAUCGUCAGCAUCUUCAGACCUCUUUAUACCACCACCCUGCAUUGUUUUGUUGCCAUUGUGUAUUCACCGUACAAAUACAAGUCGAAGAAAGGGUGUGCUUGUGAAUUACAAAGAGGGCAGCCUCACUGCAGCAAGCCAUUGUGCUGGGUUAAAAGGCCUGGGAAUUCCUGAGUAGACGAGGCCACCUACCCCACCCGACACCCCAGUACUCCAGUCGUUUUCAGCCUGAAGUGGAGGCUGAGGGCCCCUCCCAUGUGUGAGGUAUCUCAGCCCAUCCAUUUCCAGCAUUGUGAGCUGUGUGUGUCGAUACUUCAUCGCUCAUCACUGUAGUCUUGAAUUCACAUGUUUUAACUGAGUACAUUUCAAGGGAUUGGUGCUGAGACCAGGGGGUGGUACUUUACCAUCCACGCUGAAUAGAUGCUUUUAUAUGAUUAUUUUAUUAUGUUUUUAGAGCAAGGGCUAUGUUAGUCUUAGCUCGGACAGGUACUUGAAUGUCUGCAGACUUGAAGGAGCACUCUGCAAGUGGCCUUUCAAUGAAGGGGGCUGGAUUUCAGUGUCAACCAGCUCUGAACCAAAGUCAUUGUGAUUUUACUCCCCAUCACAAUUCCUUCUAAAAAAAAAAAAAAGUUUCCUAUUUAGCUGCAAAAAUCUGUUUCAGAUGUGUACCGUAACAGAUGCCAGCUUUCCUGGAUCUGUGCUCGAGCUCUGUGACGGGCGGCGACCUACUUCUCCAGCUUAUGUCAUUAUUAUAUAACCAAACUAUUUAAGAGCACAGCUAUCCUGUCACCUUAAGAAAGUGGAAUUAGUUCCUAUUUUUUUUAUCAGAAUAUACUAAACUGCCAGAAGUGUUACGGAGACUACGGUGCAUUGCAAGGAUUUGUACAAAUAUAUAACAAUAUAGGAAACAAAUGUAUAAUCCUUGAUUUAUUUUUUCCACCACUACAGAUACAUUUCCCAAACUUUUGUGAAAGAAAUCAAACAUUUGAACUCUGCGACAUUAGAAACUGCUCUUUGUUGAGAUGGCAAUCAUAUUUUAACACUACAGCAAAGGGUGUCACAGGAUAUCGGGAGUUCAAACUACCUCGACUGGGAAACAUUGCCUAAAAUUGCACCCCAAUCUGACCUCGGAGAUUCAAAGUAAAUUUAUAUAUAAUCUCAUUCAUGAGGAUUCCGAAAGCUUAGGUUUGACUUAUUGCCUCACUAUGUAAAAAUAAAUGAUGUACUCUCUGUGAAUACACAGACAAAACGAUCUGUGGGAAUGGAUUAAGCAACGGCAACCCAAAAACUCAUAUGACCCUCAGCUGGUUAACACUGGAGUUCAGCUCUCCUUUAAAUCGCAUAUUAAAUUGAAAUCCAGUCUUUAUAUCUGUCAUUUUAAUUUAAAUAUUUGAGACAUCUCGCGUGGAAACUCCCAGUUCUGCGCGCGAUUCAUUUCUUAGCCUACAGACAUUUCGCAAAGCCUAGCUGUGGUAUAUAGACUUGUAUAUUUAUUUUCACAAAAAAUGGAAGCCAACAGAUGUAUUCUAUGUGAUUACUGACAGCAAUCUGGGGGCUACUUAGCUGCGGUAAAUCUGUAAAUCAUAAAAAGAACGUAUCUUAUUUUGUAAAAGAUGUACAUUUGUAAUGUCACCCCCCCCCCUCCCCCCCCCAUGCUGAUAGUUUUGUUAUAAUUUUCCGCUAUGCUGUCGCGUCAUUCAGAGAAUAAAGACUAUCCUAAUGAUCCAAGCAUAA